GUGUCUCUGCAGUGCAACAGACUCUGCGAUCUGACACCACUGCCAGCUCCCGGCACUCAUGUUCCUGGCCUUCCCAGGGUGGGGGCGGGGGGCUGUCCCCUGCCUUGCCCAUGUUUGGCGAGUCCGACCCUCCCUGCAGUGCACUAGCAGGUUUGCAGGCUGAUAGUCUGUCCCCCCCCCCCGGUCAUUUCCCCAAAGCCUGGCAGAUGAAAAGUCUCAGCUGUUUGCCAAACUGGCCGGGUUUCCCCCCCCUCCCUACUUAGGGCAGGUAGCAAAGGGAUCCUUAUGCAGCACCACGUGAAAUGAACAAAACUCCACAGCCCUCAGGAGGAACCCCAUCAGCCCCACACCCCUCCCCUUCUCCUGGACUGCCACAGCAGUCAGCAUUUCCUCCUGGCCAGACGGCACCUGUGGUUUUUAACCCAGCGCAAGCUACCCAAAUGAAUACGCCUUCCCAGCCUCGACAGUUUCCAGCAGGGCCUCGUUCUUUACAUCAGCAGCAUUUCUACCAGAGCAGGGCUCAGCCUCCGACAAGUGCUUCCCGGGUGCAGAGUAACACGUCGGCUCGGCCUGGCCCACCCACUCAUGUUUAUCCAGCUGCUUCCCAGGUGAUGAUGAUCCCCUCACAGAUCUCCUACCCUGCUUCGCAAGGCUACUACAUCCCUGGACAGGGCCGUUCCACAUACGUUGUUCCAACUCAGCAGUAUCCUGUUCAGCCAGGUGCCCCCAGCUUCUACCCUGGAGCCAGCCCCACAGAAUUUGGCACCUAUGCUGGUGCGUAUUACCCUGCCCAGAGUGUGCAGCAGUUCCCUGCUGCCCCGGUCAUGAUGAAUACACAGCAACCAAUUCCGCCAAAGCGAGAGCGCAAGACGAUCCGAAUACGAGAUCCAAAUCAAGGUGGCAAGGAUAUCACAGAGGAAAUAAUGUCCGGCGCUAGAACUUCCUCUACCCCUACUCCUCCACAGGCUGGAAGCGGUCCAGAGCCACAGGCCAACGGAGAGACAUCCCAUGUAGCAGUUAUUGUCCGGCCAGACGAUCGUCCCAAGGCUGGCCCGGUAGUAAGUAAACCAGUUUCCUUGGAGACUAGUAAAUCGGCAUCCCCGUCGCCCCCGCCGCCCCUUAUAGCAGAGGCAGAGACUGCCCUGCCAGCCGCUGUGACGCUGGUGCACGCGGAGAGCCCCAUUGCAGUGGACACUACAGAGGAGCCGCCUGAGGUCCCCGUUGAUAUAUUUGAACCCGUUAGCACCACCACUACAGUGCCAGGGGCCACCGUGCUCCCUAACGAAGCCCCUGUCUUGGACACAGAGUCUCAGGAGGAGGCAGCUGCUAGCCCAGUUUCGGAGCUUCCUCCACAGACACUCCCUACAGAAAUGCCGGUGGCCGAAGAAACAAUACUAGUGGAGACAGUGACUGACCAACAGGAGGCUCCUCGUUCAGAGGAGCUUCCUCCUGUUCCUCUGCCCGGUUCUCCCCCUACCCCCCCACCUUCACUGGAGGAGGUCUCUGAGGGGGUUGAGUCAAACGGGGUGUUAGAGGGAGAAACACUGGAGCCCACGCCUGAGGCCCAUGUGUGCCAGCCCGAGCCCACCAUGGAGUCCCCCAUUGCUCAGCCCGAGGAACUGGCUAUACCUUGCGGGUUGGAGCCCGUAGAGAAGGAGGUAGCCGAAGAGCCCGAGGAGCUGCCCGAGUCAGACAUGAGCCCCAUCUCUGAGCCCGAGGAGGUGAAGGCUGAGGAGGUGGUAGCCCCACUGGCCACGCCUCCCGUGGAAGAGGAAGAGGAAGAGGAGGAGCCAGAGCAAGAGGAAGCGGAAUGUGAGGAGCCGGCCGAGGUGGCAGAGCAGAGUGCCCAGCCAGCAGAUGCACCCUCGGAGGCAGUGGAGGUGACCACGCAAGUAGCCGUAUCGGUGCCAAAGAAAAAGCGGAAGUUGAAGAACCUGAACAAGAAGGACGCUGUGGGGGACCUGCUGGAUGCGUUCAAAGAGGCCAGUGAGGGUGGCUCAGAGACGGAAAACAAGCCCCCUGUGCCAGCCCAUGAGCCCGAGGAGCCGGCCCCCGCUCGCUCCCAGGAGGAGGCUGAGGAGACAUGGGAAGAGAAGGAAGAUAAGAUGGACCCUGAGAAAGUCAAGCAGGCGGAUCAGAAGUACCGCUACAAGGAAGAGCAGUGGAAGCCACUGAACCCAGAAGAGAAGAAGCGAUACGACCGAGAGUUCCUCCUGGGCUUCCAGUUCAUCUUUGCCAGCAUGCAGAAGCCUGAAGGGUUGCCCCAGAUCAGUGAUGUGGUCUUGGAAAAGGCAAAUAAAAUGCCCCUGCGUGCCCUGGACCCUGUGCGCCUGAGCACCAUGAAUUCUGGACCGGACUUCACACCCUCCUUUGCCAACCUGGGCCGCCCAACCCCACCCAACCGUGGACCGCCUGCGGGGCCAGGACAACGCCGGUCCCAGCAAAGCCUGCGGAAGGAGCCCCGGAAGAUUAUUGCCACGGUGUCCCUGAAUGAAGAUAUCAAGCUCAACAAGGCUGAGAAGGCCUGGAAGCCCAGCAGCAAGCGAGCGAGCGAAGCAGAAGAUCCUGAAAAUAUAAAAACUCAGGAGCUAUUCCGGCGUGUGCGUAGCAUUCUGAACAAGCUGACACCACAGAUGUUCCAGCAGCUGAUGAAACAGGUCACAGAACUCUCCAUCGACACAGAGGAACGCCUGAAGGGCGUCAUUGACCUCAUUUUCGAGAAGGCCAUCUCCGAGCCAAACUUUUCCGUUGCCUAUGCCAACAUGUGCCGUUGCCUUAUGGGGCUGAAAGUCCCCACUACUGACAAGCCGGCUGUGAUGGUCAACUUUCGCAAGGUACUCCUGAACCGGUGCCAGAAAGAGUUUGAGAAGGACAAGGAUGAUGAUGAGAUUUUUGAGAAGAAGCAAAAGGAGAUGGAUGACACGGCUGGUCCUGAGGAGAGAGCUCGUCUGAAAGAGGAACUGGAUGACGCCCGGGACAAGGCCCGGCGGCGUUCUCUGGGCAACAUCAAGUUUAUCGGGGAGCUCUUUAAGCUGAAGAUGCUGACAGAAGCCAUCAUGCACGACUGUGUGGUGAAACUGCUCAAGAACCACGACGAGGAGUCGCUUGAGUGCUUAUGCCGGCUACUCACCACCAUUGGCAAGGACCUGGACUUUGAAAAGGCCAAGGUAUUGCCUUACCCGCCUCGGAUGGACCAGUACUUCAACCAGAUGGAGAAGAUAAUCAAGGAGAAGAAAACAUCCUCACGUAUCCGCUUCAUGCUACAGGAUGUGAUUGACCUCAGACGGAACAGUUGGGUGCCAAGGAGAGGGGACCAGGGCCCCAAGACCAUUGACCAGAUCCACAAGGAAGCUGAGAUGGAGGAGCAUCGUGAGCACAUUAAAGUGCAGCAGCUGAUGUCCAAGCAGGAUAAGAGGAGAGGGCCUCCAGGCCCAUCUGCAGGUGGGCGGGGGAGCCUCGUUUCAGAUGACGGCUGGAACACCGUUCCCAUCAGCAAAGGCAACAGGCCGAUUGAUACCAGCAGGUUAACAAAAAUCACGAAGCCAGGUUCAAUCGACACCAGCAACCAGCUCUUUGCUCCUGGUGGGCGGCUAAGCUGGGGAAAAGGCAGCAGUGGUGGUUCAGGUGCCAAGCCGGCUGAACCAGCUUCGGACUCCAACCGACCAGCCACGAGUACCUUGAAUCGCUUCUCAGCCUUACAGCAGGCGGCUCCUGCAGAGAGUCAGGACGCUCGGCGUGUGGUGCAAAGAAGCAGCAGUAGCCGCGACCGCUCUGAGAAGGGCAGCGAGCGAGGAGAGCGCUUGGAGCGUGAGCGGCUGGAGAGAGGCGAGCGCCUGGAGCGGUCAGAGAGGCUGGAACGGCCAGAUCGGAACAGGGCCCCCGUCACCAAGCGCAGCUUCAGCAAGGAGAUGGACGACAGGAGCCGGGAGCGCGAGAGGCAAGGGGUCCUCGAAACGGUGCGCAAAGUGGCCAGCAUGACGGAGGAACGGGACAGAAGCAGGGAGCCUGCAAAGCGUGAGCCAGCGACCGCUGAGCCACCUGCCAAACCUGCCUUGUCCGAGGAAGAGCUGGAGAAGAAAGCCAAGGCUAUCAUUGAAGAAUACCUGCACAUCAAUGACAUGAAGGAGGCGCUGCAGUGUGUGCAGGAACUGAACUGCCCCUCCCAGCUGUACAUCUUCGUACGGAACGGCAUCGAGUCCACGCUGGAGCGGAGCACGAUUGCCCGCGAGCACAUGGGGCUGCUGCUGUACCAGCUGGUCAAAGGAGACAGCCUCUCCAAGGAACAGUACUACAAAGGAUUGCAUGAGAUCCUGGAGAUUGGUGAAGACAUGGAGAUUGAUAUUCCACACAUAUGGCUGUACCUGGCGGAGAUCAUAACUCCCAUUCUGAGAGAAGGCGGUAUCCCCAUGGAAGAGUUGUUCAGGGAGAUCGGCAAGCCUUUGGUACCUAUAGGCAAGGCCACAACUCUGCUGCUGGAGAUCCUGGGCCUGCUUUGCAAAGGGAUGAGCCACAAGAAGGCAGGAACGCUGUGGAGAGAAGGAGGCCUUAGCUGGAAGGAGUUCCUGCCCGAGGACCAGGAUGUCAAUAAGUUCAUCACCGAGCAGAAAGUGGAGUACACAAUGGGUGACAGUUCUGACGCGCCCAGCCGCAAGGAGCUAACGUCUGAAGAUCUGUGCAAACAGCUAGAAAGGCUGUUGAAAGAAAAUGCAAACCACCAAAGGAUAUAUGACUGGGUUGAGGUAAACCUGAGUGAACAGCAGGUCUCCUCCAACAUGUUCGUCAGGGCCCUGAUGACGUCAGUGUGCCAUUCAGCUGUUGUCUUUGAGAAUCCUUACCGGAUGGACAGUCCUGUGAUUAAGAGCCGAGCCAAACUGCUGCAAAAAUACCUAAGUGAUGAACAGAAGGAGCUCCAGGCCCUCUACGCUUUACAGGCCCUCGUGGUAAAGCUGGACCAGCCAGCAAAUCUACUCCGAAUGUUCUUCGAUGCCUUGUACGAUGAGGAUGUGAUUAAAGAGGAUGCCUUCUACAAGUGGGAGUCGAGCAAAGACCCAGCCGAGCAGCAAGGGAAAGGUGUCGCGCUCAAGUCCGUCACGGCCUUCUACACUUGGCUGCGCGAAGCUGAUGACGAAUCUGACAACAACUGAGCACCCCCAUUGGGGGCGGGGGGGGGCGGACUGAGCCUGCCCCGGCUGCUCUGACCCCUCCCCAGAGCCUUGGACUCCUUUGGGUUGGCAGCGUGGGGGAAGGAUGCACAGGACUGGGUGCCGCUGUUCAUACCUCCCCUUCAUAGGACUUCUUUUUUUCCUUUUUUUUUUUGGUUGGGAUUUUUUGUUUUUUUGUUUUAACAGCCUGUAUUGGUUUGUGUCUGACGAUAAUAAAUUGAUGCUGAAGGAGGCGGUAGAUGUUGCUGUGGGCGCUCCGCUCAGCCCCUCCCCAGGCCAGUGCCCCAGGGCACCUGGAUGAUUUUAAUGAGCGGGGCCCCCAUUUCUUGCAGAUGCAAAGCGCCCAAAACACAUGUCUAUGGAAGGGGGGGCUGGGGAGCCUGAUGCCUCUGCUCCCCCCAUCUCCCCCUCCCAGUUAUUGAUGAAAUAUAGAGAGAUUAUAUAAAUAUAUAUAUAAAAUAUAAAUAUAGACUUAUUAAAUCUUUUGAGGUUUGAGAGGAUAGGACUCUGCUGUCCACAGACUUUGCCCUCCUAACUCCCACCCCCUUCCCUGCGCCCUCGGAUCACCGCCUGGAAUUACACAAAACCUCUUGACGGAUGUUGUUGCUUUU